CCCGUCGCUAUCCUCAAAUCGAUCAACAUCUCUGCCAGCAUCCCAAGCUCCGGUGGGGCCUCUAGCGCCAACCCUGCAAAUCAGCUGGGGCCACUAUAGCAGGCAGCUCCCCUUGGAGCCUCCCCUCGGAUGGGGACGGCAUGAAGAUGCCGCUUUUGGGGCGGCGCCCCCCCAUGGCGCCCGACUCGGGGGAGGCAGCGGCAACGGCAGCAUGGUCGGCGGCAGUGGCCGCGGCAGCGGAAAUAGAGCGCAGCAGGUCGCCGGCCCUGUCGGUGACCAGCGCAACAGGGGCGAGCCAGCCCAGGCAGGGGCAGCACACUUUGGAGCGGCUGAUCGACUUGCCAGGGGACCACUUCAGCUUUGGAGACAUUGCCGGCAUGGGGCGGUCGCAUUCAGCGGGCGGGCUGCUCCAGGAAGACUACUUCAACCGCGGCAAGGGGCUGAACGAGGCUGUCCGCGAGCAGCUCAACCUGCCCGCUCUGGUGGAGAGCGGCAAGCACGCGGGGCGGUCGCGUGUGGAGUAUACGGGGGCAGGCAUCGGCAUGCACCUGUUCAAGCGAGACUUCUUCAUCACCAUGCUCCAGACCCCGCUGAUCUCGCUCCUGGCCUGGUUUGCGAUCAUCUACCUGGUCGUCUUCUUCUUCUGGGGCGGCAUCUGGUACCUGGUGGUGAAGUUCUACCCCGGCUGCCUGUACGGCGCCACGGGCUUUGUGGAGAGCUGGACCUUUGCCAUCGCAACCCAGAUGACCAUCGGCUACGGCAACACGGGGCCCCAGCAGUGCUACCUGGCGGCUGCGCUGAUCUCCAUCCAGGGCGUCUCCGACCUGCUGCUGAACGCAGUCAUCCUGGGCCUCGUCUUUGCCAAGGUGGCCAGCCCCAAGCACCGCGCCUUCUCCAUCUACAUCAGCGACAGCUCGGUCAUCACCCGCCGCGACGGCAUCCUCAAAUUCAUGUUCCGGGUGGCAGACAUCCGGCGCACGCAGGUGAUAGAGCCCAAGGUGAAGGCCUUCCUGUACACUUGGGGGGCGGGGCGGGUGACGGCGGAGGGGGAGAAGAUCCAGGUGCGGUGCGAGCAGCUGGACAUUGAUUACAUCGAUGGCAUGCUGCUGCUGCCGCUCAUCAUCGAGCACACCAUAGAUGAGCGCAGCCCGCUGUGCGGCCACACCUACGACUCCCUGGCAGCCAUGAAAGCAGAGAUUGUGGUCACCUUUGAGGCAACCACAGAGACGGGCAACCCCUUCUUUGCGCGCCAGUCCUACCUGGCCCAGGAGAUCAACUGGAGCUGCCACUUUGAGGAGAUCAUCCGGCAGCCGGGGCCCUUCGAGGAGCGGCCGCGGUACAGCGUGGACCUCAACCACUUCCACGAUGUCCUCUGCCCUGCAGCAGACUCCCCCUCCCAGGCAUCCCAGGCACGCUUGUGCAGCAGUUUGGUUGUCAACCGGGCCAAGCGGGCGGUGCCCUACCCUCUGCUGGGUGAGAACACGCUUGUGCUGUCAGACGUUCUGUGUGUGCGCCCCGCGGCAGACGGCAGCAGCGCGAUGGAGCUGGUGUGCAGGGUGGCCGACACCUAUCCCAACCAGAUGGUGGAGGUGAUGGCCCGCAUCUACCUCUACCGCUGGCGCGCGCCCGACUGGUGCGCCGCCAACCCCGACCGCAGCCCCUUCGCCCUGCACCAGCUGGACUGCGGGUACAAGAGCGGUACAGACCGCCUGUACCUGCGCCUGCCCCAGCAGGUGGUGCACCGCAUCGACGACAAGUCGCCGCUGGCCAGCUGGCUGGAACCCGGGGGCCUGUCGGCGGAUGCCGACUCGGAGAUCGUGGUACUGCUGCAAUCGUACCUGCACGUCAGCGGCAAGAACCGCAUGCGGCAGCGCACGUACCGCGUGAACGCGCACGUGCGCUACGGCUUCACCUUCUCGCCCACGGUCCGGGCGCCCGCGGAAUGCAGUGACGCCAAGCCACGGGUGCGGUGGGCGCACUUCUUUGACGUCGAGCCGGUGGCUUGGGCCCAGAGCGGCGGUGCGGCGCGGCCCACGCUGCACAUCCACACCUCUGCAGUCAACCACCCCGCCGUCAGGGCGUACCUGCACCGGGGCAGUACAUUGGCAGCACCAGAGUCGCACGCCCCGGCGCGAGCGCAGCAGGAGCGCAACCCUCAGCUGGCCGAGGUGCUGGAUCGGCCGCAGGCAAUGUCGCCGCGAGCGCAGUGGGCGGCGGCUGCCAGGGAGACAGCAGGGGUGGAGGCAGCAGCAGCAGCAGCAGCAGCAGCAGCAGCAGGAGGGCCAGGAGGCGGCAGCCAAUGGCAAGGCGCAGGGCCAGCGGCGGAACCAGCGAUGCAGUGGGCAGUGGAUGCGCUCGGCCGCGACUCUACAGCCACUCCUGAUGCCCCCAUGGAUCGCUACGCCGCCAGCCUGGCACGGCCCUCGGCGCUGCUGCCGCAGCAAGGCCCGGUCGCAUCCGAGGCCGGCAGCCGGCAGCAGCCGGCUGCACGCCUCAGCGGACCACCAGACCUUGGCACAGUUUCGGCGGGGCCGGCUGUUCCGCUGGAUCGCUACGCCUCUACGCUGGCAAGGCCAUCUCAAGAGAUCGCUGGUCAGGAUGUGGCGGGUGCGGCGGCAGCGUCCAGGGACGAGCAGUUAGCAGCACCAGCUUGGGAAACUGUGUAUCACGAGCAGCAGCAGCAGCAGUACCAGCAGCAGCAGCAGCAGCACUACCCACCACACUGGCAGUACCAGCCUGACGUGCAGCGCAGCGACCUCACCGCCACCCCGGGUGUGCCCCUGGCACGAUAUGCGGCCAUGGUGGCCGGGCCUGCGGAGCUGGAGAGCCCGCGGUUCAUGUCUGGCAGCACCUCUGCGUCGUCCAGCGCGACGGCGCUGCCGCCGCGGUCCCCUGUCUCUGCGGCGCGCUUUGCAGGCCUGCCUGCGGGCCGUCCAAUCAGCCGGUCGGGCAGCCGCGGCGUCCCCGAGGCGGAGGAGGUGGAGGGCGAGGAUGACAUGCUGACGGGGCAGCGCGUGGGCAGCUGGCAGUGGCGGCGGUCGCUGGCCAGCCUGCAGGCAACCCUGCAGGCCAUCCAUGAGCAGGGAGAGUCGGCGCCCGGCUCAGACUCCGACUGA